UCGUCGGCGCCCCCGCCGCUAACCCUCGACGGUCAGCCCGGCUCCCGCGCCCUGACCCACCACCGCCGCCGCCGCCAUGGACGCCAUCAAGAAGAAGAUGCAGAUGCUCAAGCUGGACAAGGAGAACGCCUUGGACCGAGCGGAGCAGGCCGAGGCCGACAAGAAGGCCGCCGAGGACCGCAGCAAGCAGUUAGAGGAAGACAUAGUGCAGAUAGAAAAGCAACUCCGAGUCUCGGAGGAUGAGAGGGACCGGGUUCUGGAAGAGCUGCACAAAGCCGAGGAAAGCCUGCUCUCUGCGGACGAGAAAGCGGCCAAGGCUGAGAGCGAUGUGGCUUCCCUGAACAGGCGUAUCCAGCUGGUUGAGGAGGAGCUGGAUCGUGCCCAGGAGCGUCUGGCAACUGCUCUGCAGAAACUGGAGGAGGCUGAAAAGGCAGCUGAUGAGAGCGAAAGAGGAAUGAAGGUCAUUGAGAGCAGGGCCCUGAAGGAUGAAGAGAAGAUGGAGAUCCAGGAGAUUCAGCUCAAAGAGGCCAAACACAUUGCUGAGGACGCCGACCGCAAGUAUGAAGAGGUGGCUCGUAAACUGGUGAUCAUUGAGAGCGACCUGGAGCGCGCUGAGGAACGGGCCGAGCUCUCAGAAAGCCAAGUCCGGCAGCUGGAGGAGCAGCUAAGGAUAAUGGAUCAAACGUUGAAAGCAUUAAUGGCUGCAGAGGAGAAGUAUUCGCAGAAGGAGGACAAGUAUGAAGAGGAAAUCAAGAUCCUGACUGACAAACUGAAAGAGGCUGAGACUCGAGCUGAGUUUGCAGAGAGAUCAGUAACCAAGCUGGAGAAGAGCAUUGAUGACUUAGAAGAGAAAGUGGCACAUGCCAAAGAAGAAAACCUCAAUAUGCAUCAAAUGCUGGAUCAAACUUUACUGGAGUUAAACAACAUGUGAGCACCUCCUUAACUGCGGCAACACCACUAUCCGUUUUCUGUCAGUUGUUUUUUUUUUCUUUCUUUCUUUUUUUUAAAAACACCUGCUUGCCAUGAAAUCCCCUGGAAUGUGUCUUUAUUAUUUUCUCCCCACUUUGCCAGAAUCACAAGACCAUCUGCUGAACCCUAGGCACAAGAUCCAGGGAAACACUGAGAUCGGGGGGUGGGGUGGGGGUUACGUAUAGGCUAAAAAUAGCAUUUAGCCGUGCCAUAUUUCCGACCGAAAUUUUGCCUGCAAAUUUUGUACAAACUUCAGUAGCAUUCAUGGAGUGCGAUCCUCGUUGAGGAAGGGGCCACAGAACGAAGCUUCAAUCGGUGCUGCUGAAUUAUCCCGUCAAACAAAAAUUAAAAACCCAGGAGAGGACCCAGGAAGAGGAGGGGGGGCGAGUGUUGAUUGGCAUUCCUUGAAAUAAACACAAAAGGUGCUUAUAUGGUACUUAAAUUUGCUAUUUGGACAAUUUAGGCAAGGCAUGGAUCUUUUUAUUCCAGAGGUCUUCAGCUUUCCAUGACUCAAAAACCCAACAGACCUGGGGGGACGACACCCCCUCGCCCGCUCCUUGUGAACUGUUUUGAUUAUGAACGCCUGUGUUCAGAAAUGGGUGCGAUGUACAGCUUGCUACAAAAUGGCAGGCAGCCUUUCUGGGUCUGUAAAGUUUAUUCUGCGGCAACAUCUUAAAAGUUCCCCUCCACGCUGGGGAACAAGACCAAAUGAAUCUGGCUUUGAGGAAUUCCGGCUUGUCUUCUGGUUUGGUCCAAAGCUGAAGGGAAUCAAAUAAAUUUGCUAUUUGUCACAUGUCUGUUGAACACACUUUUGUUGUUGUUGUUUUGAUCAGUUUUUGAGAAUCAUACCUGUAUGUAAACAUUGUAUAAUUGAUAAUGGAAUAAAAACACACACUAGGACAUUUUUUAAAAAC